AUGUGUAAUUUAGACCAACUCGAAAUUAAAAAAGCAAAUUAUCAAGACAGAACAUUAAUUGCAUCUUCAAAAAUUAAAUCGAUUAAUAAAGAGGUAAUACCUUCUUUGGGAAAUUUUUCACCAAGUAAUUCAGUAAACUCAACAAGAAAGUUAAAAGAACAACUUAUAAAAAGUUUAAAUAAAAACAAAUUGAAAUAUUUAGAAACUCACAAUAUUAAAAAAUUACAUUUACCAGAAACAAAAGAAAAAGAAUUUAUAAAGUAUAAAGAACAAGGAAAAGAAAAUGAAUUUUUAAACAAAAAAUUAAAAAUAGACAACUCCCCCAUUGCCAAUGGAAUAAAAAAUGUAUAUUGUGUUUUCGAUAAAUAUACAACAAAGAACCAUAUUGUUAAAGUAACAAGACCUGAUAGAACCGAUAUAACACCAAUAGAGCUAUUAGCAAUUUACACUCGUGCUUACCAAAGUCUUUAUCGUGAACAAGAAGAUUUUUUUGAUAAUAAAAAAACUAAAAUUGGUAUUCAUGAAUCACCAACUUCAAUAUAUAAAUAUGGUAUUCAAGAUAUAAAAUAUAAUGGUCUUUCAACAAUUAUAGUAUUUGAUGAUUUUAUUGUUUGUUCAUUUGAUGUAGAGCAAAUACCAAAAUCAAAUUUUAUUGAAAGAAAAUAA